AACCUGCCCAGUGAAACAGGCAAUGGGCUCUCCAGUCACAGUAGCUGACAUGAAGUGUCAACAUUAGCUGCUGUCCCGUGGCAGGUUUACGGGCACGUUUCGUGUGGAACGUCGCGCUAUUGCUCGGAGAAAUUACCUCGGAAAAUGAUGCGCUUCAUGCUGCUGUUCAGUCGGCAGGGCAAGCUGCGGCUGCAGAAGUGGUACACGGCCACGGCAGAGCGUGACAAGAAGAAGAUGGUGAGGGAUCUAAUGCAAAUAGUGCUGGCACGCAAGCCCAAGAUGUGUAGCUUCCUUGAGUGGAGAGACCUCAAGAUUGUCUACAAGAGGUACGCCAGCUUGUAUUUCUGCUGCGCAGUGGAGGAACAGGACAACGAGCUGAUUACGCUGGAAAUCAUCCACCGCUUUGUUGAGCUCUUGGAUAAAUACUUUGGCAGCGUGUGUGAGCUUGACAUCAUAUUCAACUUUGAGAAGGCUUAUUUCAUCCUGGAUGAAUUCUUGAUGGGAGGAGAGAUUCAGGACACAUCCAAAAAGAGUGUCCUCAAAGCCAUUGAGCAAGCUGACAUACUGCAGGAGGAAGACGAGUCGCCCAGGAGCGUGCUGGAGGAGAUGGGAUUGGCAUAGUGACUCUGCCUCUUUGAGGUGGACCACAUAAGACUGAACACUCUUCUGUGGCUCUUACAAUGUGAUGAUGCAUUGAGACAGUUUGUGUGCGAGUGUGUGCGUGAGACAGAGAGAGAGGCACGUCUCUUCUUAGUGUUUUGAUUUUAAGCAUGAGAUGGAUGCAUACAUACGAGUAAGUAAGACAGGCUGGCAAAUGGGGGCACAAAUGAUUAAAGAGAGCAUUUAAUUACUAUACAUUAUGAAUAACAAUCUUAAUAAUAGACCAAAAACAGUUCUGUUUUAAUGUGACAUUUUCCAACCUUGUGUACUUUGAUGCUGUUGUAAGUGUGCUGGCAGCUAGAUGUUGUGUAACACUGCAUUGGACAAGGUUAUUGUUGGACAGCAGGACUGUUAGGAUAGUAAAGAGAAACAUCAGUCACAGGACGCGGGCGCCCCGUCCUAGCUUUGGUCUUUUUAUUGGGUAUGUCCACUGCAAGAAAAAUCCACACCUUAAUUUGAGAGUUUGCAAUGCUAGUUUUGUAUCAUUUCAUGGCUGCGCUACCUUCAGGCGACAAAAGGUUUGCCACUUGAUUUGCAAGUGUGUGCUGCCAUGCCAACAACAGUGCGGCGUGAGUCCUUGAGUAAAAUGGCAUUGUUUGUUUGUGAUGCAGCUCCUUAAGUAGAUUUAAAAUAACAUUGAACAUCCUGUCGCCGGGGACAGUCAGCAUGAAAUACUUCUCCAUAACUUCCACUACAUUGGAACUUGUUAACCAAAUGACUCAGAGUUGUGUAUAAAAAAAGAGUAUGGCCAUACAAACGAGAGACGCCAUGACUUCUACCAGGUACUGUGCGGCUGUGCCUGAAUGCAUGCAAUUGCUGUCGUUUUGACGUUAGUUUUUCUGAUGAAAUGCAUCAAAAUAAUACGUCUAUAUAUAGUUCUAAACAUACUCCAGCUCAUAAACUUACAAUAAAACAUGCUUUUAUUUCGUGAAAGUAUAAUUUUGCGGUCGUAUUUGAUGAACUCAGCUGCUACAUUCCUGCAGUGUUUCGUGACCAGCAGGCACUCGAACACUCACCCGACAGAGCAAUAAACGUAAAAAAAGUACACAGAACGACCAAAAAAUAACUUACUACCUUCAUUUUGCCAAAAUCUUUAUUAGCUUUUGACCAACAAUCACAGAGAAAGUGUGACUUGUGUGAAGUAUGUCACCUGUGAUGUCUGCGAUGUAUUUGUAAUCACUGUACAUAUCACUCAUUAUGUAUUAUUCUAACUGAUAAGUGAAAAGGUGUCUUUUUGAACUUAUUUUCUAAUUUUUCUACACAAUAACUCCGAUAUGGUAACAUUAGCGAGCAGUAGAGAAUCUGGAGUGAUUUUGGUCUAGAACAUAUCUUGCUUUAUUUAAUAUUGACGCAUUUCUUGACACUUUAUGUUGUAUAUUUUUAAUGGGAUUUUCAGUUCAUUUUCUCAUCUAUUAGUACACCCAAAAUGUAGUUUAUUUUACUCUUUCAAUGUCCGUUUAUUUGUAUUUUUGUUUGAAUUUCUCUUCUGCUGUUACAGAAUAUCAUUAUUUUAGUUUUACUAAGAUUCAAAGAUAGUGUUUUCGUCAAACUUUCUCUUGAACUUCAUUUGUUAUUGUGUAACUGUGUGUUCUCUCCUGAACAAAACACAGACGUGACACAGUAGUUGAUGGCGAACCUUCACUUCCCAUACCUGUCUUUUGUCCGGGUUGUCGGGAAAGCGAUGUAAAAGCUUUCCACAAUUCUCGCGGGAGAAUCCGCCUAAUGCUGCACAAUAGGGAAUUUUUACAUGUCGAUGAACUAGCGAGGAAGUCCCACAAACACAUAGCAUCAGCUCAAAGUUAGUAGCAGUCAUGGCGCUCUAUAGUCACGUGAGUGCCUUUUGACCAAUCAUUGAGAUCGCCUGAAACCGAGUUGGCUAUAGUCUCUUUAUACACGACUCUGAUGCACUAGUACUACCUAGUGUUUGUCUCAUGAAGAACACUAUUAUUGGUGUCUUAAAUUGAUGAAAUAGGCUGUUUGUGUUUGGUUUGACUCAUCAGUGACACUACGGACCAUAAAUGAGGACAUCAAACCUUGUUUUAAUGACGGAUCUGGCACUAAAGGGCAACUUGAUGCAGUGCAAGUGUCUGGUGACAGGUGGAUUUAGAAAAAGGAACCAAAGACUUCACUGCCGACAAUACACACCUGCGUGUCCAGAGGGACGUUUUUAUUGUUACUGCAUGACCUAGUGACCUCACAUGACAACAUUGUGUGAUAGUAAAAGGAGGGAGAGCCGUACCGCCUUUUAAACACUCUUUUAGGGUUGAACUGACUCUGCAGCCAGUUUCGAAUGUAUUCUUGCUUUCCGUCGAGCCCGUACCUCAGCUGUUACGUUUUUGUUCCUGAAGUCCAGGCAGGCUGGUUUUGUUACACUACAAAAAAACCUAAUGACAUUUUGAGGUCAGGUUUUUUGUUGUUGUUGGAGUCUACUCACUUAUGCAUUUGCUCUGCUUUACACACUUGUCUUACUUACUGCACUAUAUAAAUUGCUUUUUUGAGGGUGGCUAACCUGAAAGGUGGUGGUGCAUACUUCCCAUACGGUACUGUAAUAAUUUGUCUGGAGGGUUUUUGCUGCUUGUACACUCUUAAAGCCUCACAAACAGUCCUUUCUGGAUGCUUAAGUCCAGCUUCCAUCCUUAUGCAUGUGUUUGCAGCUUUGUGUGAGCCUGUUCUGACCCAAUGAAAGAACAAAGGCAAAUAUCACCUGAUCAUGCUUUUUGUAGCGUUAAGAACAUGUGCAUCAAGCUUUUUGGAGGCUUUUUAUUUAAAUUGUAUUUAACAGUCUUGCUUUAAUUUGACUUAAUUCUAGCUAAUCUUUUUUAAGAGUUGUCACGAGAGCCUGUCAAGUCUGUGAUGUUCCAGUCUAUAAGGUGUGUGGAAGCAGUUUUAUAAGGAUGAAAUAAACAUUUGAUGCUAA